AUAAAUUAUUUAUGGAAGGUGAAAAAGAGGAGGGAGGAGGAUUCUCCUGUGUUGCAUUCAAAGGCAAUCAAUGGGGAAAAAAAGAAAAUAGUAUAAAAGUUGGUUUUACACGCAUUUGGGUAACCCACCCAUGUGAGCUGCCAUCCAAGCAACCCCCACAUACUACUCUUUCAUUCCACUCUCUUCCAAAAUUCCCCUAAUUCUCUUAGUUUAAUCUCUGUGGGCUUCGUUUCUUCUUCAUCUUUUGGAUGAUUUCUUUCUGAAAUUAAUAUGAAUCGGAUUUUUGUUCGCAUCUGUUGAUCGUGCCUGCUCCUUCAUUCGUUCCGCUUUUUAAAGGAACAUUUCUGGAAUUGCGAUUGCGUAUGUUUCAGGCAACAAUCUGAAUCUACUCCUCCUUCCAUUACACUGAAGCGUUCUUUUGUUCUGUUCUGUUCUGUUCUGUUCACUGUUCUUGAGGCUAUUUGGUUAUUAUUGCGCUGAAUUUAGGGAUUUCGUCGAUUUCUUGUCCUGUUCUUAUGAGGUUUUAGAUUGUGGAGUUCCAUUUCCCUUUUGAGAGAUUGGAUUUGAGGUUUUGAUUGUUAAUGGCGGCGAUAUGAGAUUCUUCCCAAUUUAGGGGAUAUGAUUUCUUUCAGUGGAUUAGGAAUCGGAUUGAGUUUGGUUUUCGGGUGCCUUCUGUUUGCUCUUGUUGCCGAGCUUUACUAUCUGUUAUGGUGGAAGAAGAGAAGCUUUAACUCAGAGGUUGAAGAUGAAUUCACCAGUUAUGCUAAGGAGUUCUUCCAUCUAAUUUGCUGGAGAAGGAGUUCCUCUUCUUCUUCUUCAAUUCAAGCCAACAAUUCCCUAAGAAAUCCAGAAAUUAGAAACCAAGAACCGGACAUUGAAAUCGGUUCUAGCAAGGAUUUGUUGUUGAAAUCAUCUGGAGGAGAAGAUGGAGUGGAGUUAGAGCUGAUGAGGCUGCAUAAUCUUGCAGGCCCUCCAAGAUUUCUCUUCACCAUUAAAGAGGAAACCAAAGAAGAUUUAGAAUCAGAAGAUCGAAGCAGAAAGGGAUCAAGAACAAGAAGCUUAAGUGAUCUUAUCUUAGCUCUUGAUACUCCAUUUCUCACUCCCUUGCCUUCUCCUCCAUUCAAUCCACCCUCUCCCUUGAGUUCUUUCAAACACCAUGGAUUCAAUAUAAACCCACUCUUUGAAUCAUCAACAGAUUUCGAUUUAAACAGGCUCAUAUCUUCACCUCCCCCAAAAUUUAGAUUCUUAAGGGAAGCAGAAGAGAAACUGUACAGAAGAUUGAUGGAAGAAUCUCAGAAAAAAGCUUGUAAAAAUGGUGGGUCGAUUCAAAAUCCUGAAACUCCAGCCAUUUCCAACCCCAUAGCUGCAGCUGAAGACGAAGAAGAUGAUGAGGUUUGUUGUACAAAAGAGAAAGAGCUUCAAAAUCAUUAUGUCUCACAGUAUUCUUCAAGUUCUUCACAGAUUCUUCCUUUAGCUUCUUCUCCUCCUUCAGGCCGUAGAUUUGAUCAUGUUUUCAUUACAUAGGUCUUUAUGAUUGAAUUUGAUCGUUCCCUUCAAGUUCUUCAAGUUCUUCACAGGUUUGAUUGAAAUUUAGUGAAUUAAUUGUUGAAAUUUUGGAAAUCUGACACUCUCUUUCGGAUAUCGACAAAACCCAAUUAUUAUUACAUUGUCUUGUUCAACACCCAAGAUAAUGUUGAUGAAAUUUAGUGAAUUAAUUGUAAUUUUGAAAGGCUUGUCCUUUUUGGUAA